UCAUGGGCUAGGUUCCUUAAUGCUACUUGUUUGGGAGGCCAUUAAUGGCCACCCCAACUAAAUCAAGUCCUCCACUUAAUUCCCUCAACAAUCAGGUCAAUGAAGCAGUUGGAUUACUAGUUAUCGCUAAUUACCAAACCAAUGCCACACACUGCAUUUGUUUCUCCAACAGUCUAUUUAACGACCCUUCCAUUCCUACCAUCUCAAACCUUAAACCAUGCAUCUCAUCAUCAUCAGCUUGUUACAAGAUACCUAUCCCUCAUGGAACUUCCUCUACAAGCACGUUGGCCUCAUCGACAUGGCCGUGGCAACAGUCCUUAUCUUCUUAUCAAGCGUCACAAUCCAAAAAAUCACAAACAAAGGCCCUUUCUUAUGGCCGGUGUUCGGCAUCCUCCCUACCAUCUUCAUCAACAUCAACCGCAUAUAUGACUGGGUCACCGAUGAACUCGUUCGCUCCGGCGGCACAUUCCUGUACCGGGGAAUGUGGUUUGGCCGGUGCCACGGUGUGAUCACUGUUGAUCCUGCCAACAUUGAGUACAUGCUUAAGACACACUUCAGCAACUUCCCCAAAGGAAAGUAUUACCGUGAACGCUUUGCUGACUUCCUCGGUGAAGGGAUCUUCAACGCCGACGAUGAGGUUUGGAAGGGACAACGCCGUGCUGCCACUGCUGAGAUGCACUCCAGCCGUUUUGUUGAGUACUCGAUGCAGACUAUAAGAGAACUGGUUCAUUAUAAACUUUUAAGGUUCAUUGAUAAGGUGGCUAAGGAUGAAGGAUGUGUUGAUCUUCAAGACGUGUUUCUCCGCUUCACAUUUGAUAACAUUUGUACCGCUGCGUUUGGUGUUGAUCCUGGUUGUCUUGCUGUUGAUCUUCCUGUGGUUCCAUUUGCCAAGGCUUUUGAGCAGGCAACGGAACUCACUUUGUUUCGGUUCACUGUGCCUCCUUUUGUGUGGAAGCCUAUGAAGGUUUUGGAUGUUGGGUCCGAGAAGAAGCUUAAGGCUGUGAUUAGGAUUGUUCAUGAAUUUGCAGAGAAAACAGUGGCGGCUCGCCAAGCUGAGUUUCGGAAACUUAAUGGUGUGAAUGACAGGGCUGAUCUUUUGUCAAGGUUAAUGCGAAUUGAUAAUGAAUUGAAAACUCGUUUCUCUGAUAAGUUUCUGAAGGAUUUUUGCAUUAGUUUUAUUUUGGCUGGGAGAGAUACUAGCUCUGUUGCACUUGCUUGGUUCUUUUGGAUGCUGCAUUCUCAUCCGAAUGUUGAGAAUAACAUUCUCAAUGAGAUCAGUAAAAUUAUCAUGCAAAGACCAGGUAAGAAGGGUACAGAUAACAUUGUGUUCUCUAUUAAUGAUCUUAAGAAGAUGGAGUAUCUCCAAGCGGCAUUAUCAGAAUCUCUCCGUCUCUACCCUUCGGUGCCAAUCGACUUUAAAGAAGCAGUAGAAGAUGAUGUUUUCCCAGAUGGAACCUUUGUGAAGAAGGGAGCCAGAGUGCUGUAUUCAAUAUAUUCAAUGGCAAGGACAGAGUCUAUAUGGGGGAAGGAUUGCAUGGAGUUCAGGCCGGAGAGGUGGCUCCGGGAUGGGGUGUUCAUCAGUGAGAGCCAAUUUAAGUAUGCUGUGUUUAAUGCAGGGCCAAGGCUUUGCAUUGGAAAGAAGUUUGCGUACAUGCAGAUGAAGAUGGUGGCUGCCAAUAUAUUGUUAAGGUAUCAUGUUGAGGUUGUUACUGGUCAAGAGGUGGUACCAAAGAUGACCACCACUCUUUACAUGAAAAACGGUCUCAAAGUUCGAUUCAAGCCCAGAGAUAAAGCUUCAGUUAAUUUCCUUCUUUAAUUUUCCUUGCUAAAAGUGUGAAUUUAUGUUUAGAGUUAGACUUACAUAGUUAUAUAUACAUAGCAUACACUGAAUAAAUGACAAGACUGUAUGAAGGGUUUGUUGUUUGUGAUUUUGUUCAGUUUUCUAUUUCUGAAAAUAAUUAAAAUUAUCU